UAACAGAUCAGCCACCAUAUCCAGUGGAGUUAAGCAGUGGCACUCUGAUCUGCAAUCGCUUCUUUCCAGAUUUGCGGGAUUAUGAGAUUGGGACCGACUCACGCCGCCCAACAUAUGCCCAGUCAUUCUUCUUUAUCCCUGAUGAUGCGUUGAGAACUAUGCCUGAUGGUCCCUCUUCAACCCUUUUUUCUACUGUUAGG